AUGUCCAAUGGGAGAGCGGUCAAUGGGUUCCUGCUCGACAUAACGGGAGUUUUAUACAACAGUAUCUAUAAAUCCGACGGUGUAGCUAUUGCCAAGUCAGCAGAGGCUGUCGACUUCUUGUACAAACACUCAAAUGUCAAAUUUCUAUCCAAUGCUAAAGGAAACUCGAACAGAAACGUAGCCAGGAGACUGCAGAGACUUGGUAUCAAUAUCCGCGAAGAAGACGUUAUCACUCCGGCUCCAGUCGUUGCUCAAUAUUGCCGAGAGAACAAACUUCGUCCACAUCUUUUCGUCAGAGAAGAUGUUCUCCAAUAUUUUGAUGGAAUCGACACUUCUUCUCCGAAUUGUGUGGUGAUGGGAGAAGUCGAGGAAGGAUUCUCAUUCGAGCGCAUCAAUCGAGCAUUUCGAGUUCUCAUCGACAUGCCGAAACCUCUUCUCAUAACAAUGGGCAACGGAAAAUUCUUUCAACGGGUUGAUGGGCCGUGCAUUGAUGUCGGAGCAUUCGCAGCGGCUCUCAAGUUCUCCACUAAUUGCGAAGUUUUGAACAUUGGAAAACCGAGUCGUUUCUAUUUCGAACAAGGGAUUAAUGCGUUGGGAAUGAAGCCAGAAGAGAUUGUGAUGGUUGGCGAUGAUUUGAUGUCGGACGUGGGUGGUGCUCAAGCAUGUGGAAUGCGGGGAAUUCAGGUCAGAACCGGCAAAUGGAGACCAGAUUUUGAAAAGUUGCCAGUCACUCCGGACCUGACUGCCGAUUGCCUUUAUGAUGCGGUGAAACUGAUUGCGGAUAACGGAUUUCGAUUGUAA